CCGAAAGCCGAGGUUCACCGUAAACAUCUCUACCUUAGCUCGAGUCGACUAUAUGCCAAGUACUAAGUAGAGCUAGCAAGUCCUUACAUGCUCUUACGUUUGGGCUUGAGUUGUCCAGGAUCAACGUGGAAGAUCUGGUGGACCCCACCGCAGCUUCGAGACUGUUUAGCUGCUGUUGUACUUAAAAAGGGUGGCCGCAUCUCGUACUCAUUAUACAUACUCUCUUCAAUCAUCUACAAUUUCGACAGCAAACUACCACAUCACCUACUCAAUUGCAUACAGAACACUAUCCCAUAACAGAUAGGAAGAUGCCGGGCCAACAAACUCGCCAAUGGGUUCUUGCCAACCCACCACUCAACGACCCCGUCAUUGAGGGCAACGAUGCGACCUUUUCGCUCCAGACCAUUGACCUCCCAAGCCCGAACGCUGAUCAAGUCCUCAUCAAAGUACUCUACUUCUCCAAUGACCCCGCACAAAGAGGAUGGAUCCAGAAAGACAUGGACCCUGAGCGCCUCUACGUGGAGCCGGUGAAGCAAGGUGGCGUAAUGCGUUCCUUCGCCAUUGCCGAAAUUGUCGAAUCCAGCACCGACAGCCUGCCCAAGGGUCAACUCGUCAUGGGCGACUUCGGCUGGACAGAAUAUGCCGUUGUAUCCAACAAAGCCGUUCGACCCAUUCAAGCCGACGAGAGCGCCGGCAUCCGCCCCACGCACUUCAUCGGCGCACUCGGCGGAACCGGUCUGACCGCGUACUACGGCCUCAUCGACAUCGCGCGCGCCUCUUCCUCCGACACGGUCGUCGUUUCCGGGGCCGCGGGAGCCACCGGCUCCAUGGUUGUGCAACUCGCCAAGCACGUUCUUGGGUGUAAACGCGUCAUCGGCAUUGCCGGUGGUGAAAAGAAGUGCCGCUGGGUCGAGAGUCUGGGCGCAGAUGUUUGUGUCGACUACAAAGCCGCGUCUUUCGAGGCUGACCUCAAGAAAGCCACGGAAGGUUACGUAGAAGUUUACUUUGACAAUGUUGGCGGCGACAUCUUAUCACUCAUGCUGGGUCGUAUGAAGCGCCACGGACGCAUCGCUGCGUGCGGCGCCGUCGCAACGUACAACUCCAUGGGCGACAGCGGCGUCAAGAACUGGUUCGAGAUUAUCAGCAAUCGCAUUGAGGUCAGAGGCUUCAUUGUUAUCGAUGCUAUUGAGUCGGGCAAGGCUGGUCAGUAUAUCCAGGAGUUGAUCAAGGGAGUCAAGGAGGGUAAGCUCAAGGUUGGGCCCGAAACGGAGACAGUGGUUAAGACUAAGUUUGAGGAUGUGCCUAAGACUUGGAUGAUGCUUUUCCAGGGUGGCAACACGGGCAAGUUGGUCACGGAGGUACAGGGCUAGGUUAUCAUACGAGCAACUGUAUAGAUGUCGAGUCAAUGUUACAAAUGGGAAGUACUCAAACCUUGCAUCACAUAGGAACAGGUGUGACAUUAGCAUAUCCAGGGAUGUACUAUCCACAGCAUAUAUCAUGUCGUGUAAACCAUAGUCCAAUUCAGUCUUUGCCGUUGUA